AUGGCUGAAUCGUCCACCGGUGAUCUGUCGGCGCCUUCCUUCUCCACCGGAUCGCUGUCUGGCGCCGGGGGAGAGCUGCUGUGGGUGCCAGAGCUGGUGCUGGGGCUCGACCCGGUCCGGGUGAGCUCGGCGGGUGACAUCAAGAGGGCCCGCCGAACGACUCAGCGUAAGCUUCACCCGGACAAGAACCACGGCAACGUCGAAGCCGCAACGACGUACAGCACCGCCGUCAACAGCGCGGCGGACCUGCUGCUAGAGCACCCGGAGGCGUACCGGCGCUGGGCAGCCACUCCGACAGGCGCUGCGCAGCUGGCCCGAGCUGCCGUGUGGCACCCGGGACGCCCGUUUCUGGCUUCUGCUGAGACGGCGCAGGAGGCAGCCAUCCACCACCUGGGUCAGGUGAUCCGUGGCGUGGCUGCCCUGACGCAGGAGCUGCGGGCCGCCACAGCCGCGCAGCGGCGGCAGGUCCGCGCGCUAUCCGCGGCCACGGCGCGCGCUGACCAGCUCGCCGUCGCUCUGCAGCGCGCAGAGCAGGAGCGCGACCGGGCCCAGCGCGAUCUCGGCCAAGCUGCAGAGGAGUUGGCAGCGGUGGUGGAGGCGAGCGCCGUCGAGCACGCCUCCGCUGAGCGACGGCUUCGCGCCGCUCAAGCUGAGCUGGAAGAGGAGAUCAGCGCCCGGCACGCGGCAGUGGCGGCCUGCGACGCAGCCGAGCAGCGGGCGGCCGCCGCUGAACAUCAGCUGGAAGCGGCGGCUGAGCAGCUGACGGUGGCGGAGGAGCGGUCGGCCGUUGCUGAAAGCCAUCGGGAAGUGGCGGCUGCGCAGCUAGCGAAGGCGGAGGAGCGGACGGCCACCGCUGCACAGCGAACGACAGCCGCCGAGGAGAUGCUUGCAGUCAGUGAACGGCAGCGGGCAGCAGCAGUUCACCAGGCGGCCUCCUCAGCUGCGCGGGCCUCUGCCGCUGAGCAGCGACUGGAGGCAGUGGUUCGGCAGCUGGCAGCGGCCGAGGAACGGGCGGCUGCUGCCGAGCGAGCCUCGACCGCCGAGCAGCAGCUCGAAGCGAUGGCUCGGCAGCAAGCGGCAACAGAGGAGAGGGCGGUCGCAGCUGAAGAACGGGCGGCGGCGUUCGAGCAGCGGGCCGUUGACGCUGAGCGGCUGCUGACGACAAACUCGCCUUUACCAACGAUCCGACUGCGUCGCUGUUUGGCUGCUCUCUCCAGUGGCCGUGUGAACGCCCGUGUGCGGGCGGAUGCGGAGGUUGUUUUACGCCGCCUCGCUUGA